AUGGAUUCAAUAAUUGUAAAGACUACUCAGAGCCUUACGACUGCUGAGGACAUGAGAAAUCAAACUAAACUUAUAAUGCAGCCCUAUGCCAACUGGGAAAAGUAUCUGACUCCAGCACCUCUAUCUAUAGCCAUUCUGGGAGAGCUGGUUUUCAUUUCUUCCACAACAGAUUUCUCUAUUAAUAAAAAUACCCCCAAAGAUGGUUACAAAUUCAUCAAAUACCCAGAAUCCUUUCGGGCUUGCCUCAUGCAAGUGUGUAACUCUGGUUGGUGGGCAUUUAACGAAGCCCAUAAGAGCAUGGAUCAGAUUCGCCUCCAUACUGCCCAAGUUCCAGAUUACAUGAAGACAGCUGUAAAGAUUCUGUUCCAGGGUGAUGAUGAAGUUGUCAAGGCACAUCUUCCUGAUCAGUUGGACAAUAUCAGAGUCAUUGCAGAUGAAUGUCUCAAGUUGUCCAAUGCAACCGAGGAGCGUUUCAACAAUGUCAUCGAUAUUAUCCAAGAGUUGCUGGAGGCAUGCUUAAAUCAAAAUCAAUUUUAUGGGGAGGAGAUAGAAGCAACCAAGAGGAACCUAGUGGAGACAAAAUUGAGAGAGCAGUCAGCUAAAGAAACCAAAAGAAGGACUGAGAAGGCAAUGAGUACCAUGGAAAAGGAAAUGGAAAAAGCUCAUGAAAACUACCAGAAUGCUCUGGAUUCUCUUCCUGUUGGAUGGGAAAUGAUUGAAAUGGAGAUUGCUGAAGGAAUGCUGCAGAGUGUUACAGGCUUAUUUAGUGGAAUGAUGUCUGUUUUAUCUAACCCAGUGACAGCUGUGUGUUCUGCAACAACACAGAUUUUUGCUACUGCUCAAGAGUUAAUGGGGAAAAGAGGAGAUUUGGUUGAUGAAAUAAACAUAUAUAGCAAGUCUUCUGAAAUUCUUAAAUUAGCGGAGACUGUUAAGGAGGAAAUGUGUGUGACUAACAAGGACGAUGAAAUUAAAUGGACAAAUCUUUAUGAUCAGAAGAAGAAAAAAGCAACAAACAUUAAAUUCAUAAAACAACAGUUCAAAAGGUUGAGUAAUUGUUUAGAGCAACUCACAGACUGCUCAGUGAAAUCAGAAGCUCAGUCUUUAUGCAUAAAGGGUAUUAGUAUAUGCAAACAAUUGGCAAACUAUGCACAAGAUGGCAAUUGUGACAAAGACAAAAGUAAUGAAAUAAUAGAGAAUGUCUUGAAAUUGAUCACGUCAGCCAGAAUGUUUGACACCAAAAGCAAAGACAUCACAAAAGCUCCAGCCAUGUCUCCGAAACCACCAAUGAUUUUUCAAGAAGAAAACAAGAGUUCUAUGCAGGGGGCCACUGAGAAUGCCCGAUUUGCCAUAGAGCAGACCCGAGCUCAGUUAAAUAGGACAAGGGAGACAUAUGAAAAUUAUGUGGAGAACCUAGAGCAGAACCAGAAGGAAUUAACUGAAAUCCUGAUCACUAUGAGAAAUUGUGAACUGAAAGAGAUUGACUUCAAAACUACCAUAGAAAUGCUGGUCAAAGGAAUGGAUGCCAUGGGAAGAGUGAAGGAGCAGUGGGAAAAGAUGGUUCGCUUCUUCCAGAUGGUUUCCAACAUUGUGAAAACCAGCCUGAGUACAACUCUUACAAACUUUGUCUCAACAUCUGAGAAAACACAAGCCCUCUCCUACAAUGCAAAGCUCUUCUCAAAAGAUCUCCUUUACACUCAAGCUUUCCAAGCCUGUAACAUUGUUAGUCUGGUCCAUAUGAUCUCUGGAACAUACACAGAUGUUUCCAACAUGUACCUGAUGGACCGUGUCAGUUCACUGGGUAAACUGAUGGUCAUGGAUAAAAGUAAGCCAGAAUUUGAGCAUGAGCGACAUCAGCUCCAGAUUGGCUGUGAUGAGGCACAAAAAGGCAUCUUAAGGCUUGUCCUGAAGAAUAAAGAGGAGUUUGACAGGAAAAGCACUGCAAGAUUAGAAAAGAUUGAUAGAGAGUUGCUUGCCAUUCUGCCUGCUGCUCCUCCUGAGCAAAUCAAAAGUAUUCAAGAGGUUGUUCAAGCUGGAUUCACUAAAGAAGCAGCAGCAUCAUACUAUUGA